UCCAAGCGCGAUUCAUUCAGUGUGACAACUAGGCGGAGACUGUGGGCUCGGACAUGGAAACACGGUCUGGGGCCGCUAAAGCUGGGUUUAAGCCGUGGAGCCUGCUGUGAUGUAUUUCAUAGUAUCUGCUAUCUGGGUGACAAGCUGUAUUCCCUAGGAAACCUGACUGCGGCGCCGAGUUGGCUGUCACGCCCCGCGAACCAGUGGUUCGCAGAGAGCCUUUUGUUUCCCUGCUUGCCCAGUAGUUUUUAAACUUGCUAUUGAUUUACAUGUAGCCUUUUUGUGGCACCACAAGCCCCAAAAGAAGGAAGCCUUGACCACGAAUGUCGCAACUUCAGCAGAGUUCUGCAGCUCGAAGUAUCUAUAAAGGUGUUGUGGUUGCUUUAAUAUCAGCACGCACUCAGUAUAGGCCAGCAUGGUCCAAGCCCUUGACUUCUCGGCUGAGCAGUGUGGCUGUGCAUGCGUGCCGGAGUGCUGGCAUACCCCUACACACUGCCCGUUACCCAUUCCAGACCCUCUUGCGGCAUUUUACCAAGCAACUAGGUGGCUACAAUAGGCAGCUCGGAUGUGCUAGCAGGGGCGCCGCGGCAUCUGCAAUGCCUCGCGCACGCAUCCGUGCUGAUGGCGCAGGGUCGCGCAGGCAUCUGCCAUCCCUCGGUGCAGGCAUCUGGACUGCCGCGGCGACCCGCUCCAGGCAGCUUCACACCCCCGCGCACGCAGCCAAAUUUGGCUCGGCAGGGUACCCGGCUCACCCUUACAACCAGAGGCCACCGGCAACUUUUCGGAUUUCCUACCCUCCUCUUCACACUGCUGCUUGGUAUGGCAAGACGGAGGACGUGAAAGCCCUGUUGAUGGCUGGGGCCGAUAUGGAGGCAACAAACAUUGAGAUGCUUACGCCCCUCCACUGCGCUGCGCGGAACGGCCAUACGGAGGCUGUGAAAGCGCUGCUGACCGCCGGGGCCAACAAGGAAGCCGCGACCGAGGAGUAUAGAACUCCACUUAUUUAUGCGGCCACUUGCGGACAUGCGGACGUUGUGGAAGCGCUGCUGUUAGCUGGGGCAGACCCGGAGACAACAUGCAGGUGGGACCGUACACCCCUUCAUCAUGCUGCUUUGCACGGCCAUACGGAGGCUGUGAAAGCCCUUCUGGCAUCCGGGGCCAGCGCUACGGCCUCAAUGAACGGCAUUACACCCCUUUAUUAUGCGGCGUGCUACGGCCAUACAGACAUUGUUAAGGCGCUGCUGACAGCUGGGGCCGACAUGGAGCAUGAAAACAGGGAGGGCGACACCCCCCUCCACUGUGCUGCGCGGAACGGCCAUACGGAGGUUGUGGAGGCGAUGCUGGCCGGCAGGGCCAACAAGGAGGCCAGGCCGUGGGUACGCAAGAGGCAAUGGGGCUAUUGGGGCACGCCCCUGCACUGCGCGGCGGCUGGCGGCCAUACGGAGGUUGUGAUGGCGCUGCUGACCGCCGGGGCUGACACGGAGGAAAAAGACGAGGAGGGCGACACGCCCCUCCAGUGUGCUGCACGGAACGGCCAUACGGAGGCUGUGAAAGCACUGCUGGCAGCCGGGGCCAACAAGGAAGCCAUGAACCGGAUUCGCCCCGCACGCCUCCAAGUAUCCAUCGAGUUGGGCCACUUGGAAACUGUGGACUUAUUGCUCGCAGCCGCCAGCGCUCGCAAGGCAACAGCCUCCAGCGGCAGCGAUGGCGCGUGUCAGACAGUAGCGUUUGGCACAGCGAGCACGACGUCAGAAGGCGGUUUGGCGGCCGCGCCUGGCGCAGACCCACAUCCCGAGUCGCUACUUCCUGGCGCCGCCGCAGCGCCGCUGCUGCGUGAGGAGUGGGAGCCUGCGGCGGCGGGCCCUCCACCACCCGGCGGCGCUGUCAUGGAGCCCGACCCGGAAGGCGGGUGGGUCCUGGGGCCAGUAGGACCGGUCGCAGCGAUUGCGGCCGCUGCGGCUGCUCCUCCUCCGUCACCGCUGCAGCAGCCCCUCAGCCACUCGCUCCUGCGCGCCGUCAAGGCCGAGCCAGGUGGGUGCAGCAACGGCGGGGGCGGCGGGGGCGGCCGCGGUAUGGCCGCGGGCACGGCGCGGUACGUGGCGCUGGCGGCGCGGCCGUUUGACGUUGCCGAGCUGGCGGCGCUGCAGCAGCACUACAUGGAGGAGCACACGGUGGAGAAAGACAUGUCCGCAGCAACCCGGCGCGGCACCCUCCGGCCCAACGUGCGGGUGGCCCGCCUGCGCCCCGCCGCCGAGAGCUCCUACCCGCAGCUGUGGCCGCACCUGCAGCGGCUGCGGCGGCAGGUCGAGGCCGAGGCGGCGGCGGCGGCGGCGGCGGCGGCGGCGGCGGGGCCAGCGACUGCGGCCAGCAUGGGCGGCGGCGGGGGCGCUGACAGGGCGCCGUCAGCGGCCGAAGCGCUGCUGUUUGCGCUGCGGGUGCUGCAGGAGCACGGGCGGCUGUCGGGAAUGGAGGCGGGGCCGCGAGACGCGGUGUUGGCGAGGGUGCUGCCGGGCUAUGGCGCGGAACUGGCGGCCGCCGCCCGGGCCGCCGCCGCCGCGGGGCUAGCGGGCGUGGAGGUGGUGGACCUGACGGUGGCGGACGAGGUGGUGGACGUGGAGGAGUAUGUGCUGCAGCAGCCGUUGGUGGAGGCGGCGCUGAAGAGGGUGAAGAUUGAGGAGUGACGUGCGUGGACUGCACUGCAGUGUGGCCGUGCGAGACAGUGCGGCGCGGCGUGUUGCCGUCUAGCUAGGUGGCUGGCUGGCUGGAUUGAUGGCUUGCUCCGCCUGCGGGCUGAUGGGUAGUUAUACGGUGUUUCGGCUGGGAUGGAGGGAAACUGUUUUUGUGCUGGCCGCCCGCUGUGUAGCUGUGACGCUUGCAACCAGCAGAUGGAGUACCAGCAGUGGGACGAUCCAGCGGGCAGGCUUAGGCGCUGCGGUUUCACCCAGAUGAGCUCCCGUCAAGUACAUGUAGGAGCGGGAGUACAGACUGUAGGCGCGUGAGGUACGAGCAUGUGGUGGCGAGGGUGGGCAUGAAUGCGUUUGCACGGAGCAUAAACUAGGAGCAGUAAAGGCGAGUCCCGGAUGUUGGGUUCGCGCAGGACCCGAGGUUUUGUCGGGGCAGGCACAGUUGCAGGGCCGGGCCAGGAAAGGGGCCAGGGGCUGGGGUACUGUAAGGGACCAAGUCUGGAACGUGGUGACCGUGUCGAACGUGGUGUGGCUGGUGCAGGGAUCCCGGGAUGCUGCGAGCGGCGCUAGCUUUCCAGACUUGCGUGCUGCUAGCUGCUGGGUACACGGCCACACCGCACGGUGGAGAAAGAGUCUGUUGGACGUUGAGGAAUGGAGGCAAGGCCUGGCAAGGCGUGUCCUGGGCCAGGGGCGAUGCACGGCAAACUAGUCACGUCUUGUGAAAUGGAGACCAGGGAGCAUCAAGUCUUAGGUUAGAGCC